AUGAAAUGGUCACUGUCGCUUCGUCGGUGGCAGAGCCUGACAUGCCUCGCUCUUUUUAGCUUCCUAGCCAUCUACGCCUCUGGAUAUUAUCUCACAAGCAUUGCACGCCACAAAACAGACGCUGUGCAUGCACUGGGAUCACAUCGGCACCGGAUCACAAAGCCAACUGGCGCAAUUGUUCCAGGCGUGGUAGAGGCGGGAAAGAAGUAUACUCGUACCCUCGUUGUAGCGAGUCUCCAAAAAGAGAAUACCACCUGGGUCGACGAACUAGAGCACGAUGACCCAAAUCUGAAGGCCGCAGUUUAUAUUGUUGAUAAUUCCACUGCUCCUCUCACGGUGACGAAAAACAAGGGUCAUGAAGUGAUGGUUUAUCUGACACAUAUCAUUGAUCAAUACGAUACCCUCACCGAUAUCUCUAUAUUUAUGCAUGCUCACUUGGUAACGUGGCAUAAUAACGACAUACUGGAUUCGAACUCUGCAAAUAUGGUCAAACGCCUACGGAGCGAGAAAAUUAUUCGUGAUGGCUAUAUGAAUCUUCGCUGCCAUUCGGAGCCCGGUUGUCCAGAUCAUAUCCAUCCAACAACCGGAGGAGAUGACCUUGGGAGCAUACCUGAGGCAGCUGUGAUAGGGAAAUCCUGGCUAGAGUUAUUUCCAGGUACCAGCCUACCCAAAGUGCUCUCACAACCAUGCUGCGCACAAUUUGCAGUGAGUGCCGAUCGGAUACGCAGAAUACCACGGGAGACCUAUAUAUUUUACCGAGACUGGCUCCUCGAGACUCCGUUGUCAGACAGUUUAUCAGGCCGAGUGUGGGAGUAUAUAUGGCAGUACAUCUUUGCAGGGGCGGAAGAACUAUGUCCGGAGGACCAUGUCUGUUACUGCGAGGGAUACGGGGUAUGCUUUAAAGGGAAAUCUGAGUUUGAUUAUUAUUAUGAAAUGUGGUCACUGGGAACCGACAUCCAGGAUCAGGUUAAUGCGCUCAAGACAGAGAAUGGGACCGUGGUCAAAGGAUCGGAGAAGAAAGUUCAGGCUAUGCAAGCAAAAAUAUCGAGACUGAUGGCCGAGAUGGACAAAAUAAAGUCAAGAGUUCUUGGAAAUUGAAAAGUAGCGCAGUUAUGGAUAAAUAAUUGGUAUUGGAGUUAGGAUAUGUUUAACUACUAUUUAUGCUUAAUUU